AUGCUUUUCGCAGAAGCGGACCUUUCCCCAUUCGAUGACUGGCCACUUCGAGAAAGCAUUCCAUCCUCGAGAAAGGAGAUUGGAUCUACUAAUGUGGAUAAUUGCGGACUUCUACGGCACAGAGUAGAGUACUCAGAUUUGAAAUACAGUUUAAAAAUAGAUAAUCGACUCUGUGAUGACGUUACCUGGGAAAUCCGCCCCGAUAAGUUGUACAUGGCCACGCGACAGAAGAGCACGCGGGACUGUCAAGUCGCUGUCAUGGGGACGCCGAUCAAGGAAGCUAGAUAUAUUGGCAACAUAGGAGGGCUAUUGUAG